AACUCUAUCAAUGACUCAAAACAACAAACAUGGCCGAGUUUAUAAGAGGUACUGGAAUGGUUUUAGCGAAAGAAAAACAAAUUCAUGGCUCUCCAAGUACUGGAAGCGAUGAAGGAGCUGACACAAAUAAUUUGAACGAUGAAUUUGAUUCAUUUUUAGGCGAUCAGGAUGAACCGGACAGUACAAACACGAAUAAUGUGGCUGCCCCACCGGAAACGCAGUGGUACCAUGGGCGAUUGGACAGAUGUACGGCGGAAGAGAGACUGUGGUCUGCCGGGGAUAUGGGCAGUUACCUAGUGAGGGAGAGCGACAGAAAACCCGGCUCAUAUGUGCUGUCUUACUUGGGACGCACGGGCAUCAACCAUUUCAGGAUAACAGCAGUAUGUGGAGACUUCUACAUAGGCGGCAGGCAAUUCGAUUCUCUUCCCGAUCUGAUAGCCUACUACACCAGUUGCUCGGAUCUGCUCAAAUCAGAGCGUCUCGACAAUCCAGUUGCCCCUCCUGAACCAGUCAAUGACAAGAAACGAAUUGUGGCCAUACUGCCUUACACCAAGAUGCCUGACACUGAUGAGCUCAGUUUUCAAAAAGGUGACAUCUUCUUCGUGCACAACGAUAUGGGCGAAGGAUGGCUGUGGGUGACUGCCCAUCGGACAGGGGAGCAAGGCAUGAUAUUCCGCGACUUGGUCGAUGAUUUAGAUGACUCCAUCGACCCUAAUACUGUAUUCAGCUGGUUCCAUCCUAAUUGCACCAAGUCAGAAGCUGUGGAUCUGCUAGUUAAAUCUGGUCCCGGUUCGUUCCUAGUCCGCCCGUCUGACAAUUCACCAGGCGACUAUUCGCUCUUCUUCCACAUCAACAACCAAAUCCAGCGAUUUCGCAUCGAGAAGAAGGGAGUGCGCUAUCUGAUGGGAGGACGUACCUUCGAGUGCUUGGAUGCAGUCAUCAACCGAUACAGGAAGGAGCAAAUCGUUGAAGGCCAUUCGCUAAUCAGACCCGUUUCCACGACGGUGAGUGAGACAGACGGACCUGUGAAAUCGAAAGAAGUUCAGCAUGCCGAAAAAAUUUACGCUACGCUAAGGGAAUGCAGGGAACAGUGUGGCAUCAAAAAGAACAAAGGUAUAAAGAUGCAAGAUUACUUGUAUAAGAAGAGCGAUAAGCAACAAAAGAAAUGGAAGUCGAUGUAUUUUGUGUUAGUAGUCGAUGGAACGGAUACUCACCUCAUAUUCUAUGAAAGUCCAAAACGUACAAAACCUAAAGGGCUUAUCGACUUAUCAUGUGCCUAUCUCUAUCAGGUUCAUGACAGUGUGUUCGAUCGUCCGAAUUGCUUUCAACUGGUGGAACGUGCAUUGCCCUGCCUUGCAACAGUUUCCUAUCUGUCUGCCAGCUCAGCUGACGCGGCCCAGGAAUGGAUAAAUGCAAUCAAGCCGUUGUGUAUACCUCAACAGAAACGACCGCCGAAAGUUCAACGACUGAGAGAGCUGAGGUGUUUGCAGCUGCACAUAUUGGAUGCCCAUCGACUGCCUGUCAAAUUGGUUCCAAAUCCGUUCUGCAUUGUAUCGCUCAAUCAGACGGUGAAGGUGGCCCGCACCAAGGUGAAGACAGGCAGUAGUGAUGUGGUGUGGGACGAGGAGUUCACCCUGGACGACGUGCCUCCCGAUGUUCUCACAUUCACCAUCACACUCUACAACAAGGCGAAACGCAGCAAGGACACUGAGGUGGCUGAGUGCACUGUCGAACUGGCAUCGCUCACCAAUGGCGGUGAUGAGAUCGAAGGCUGGUACAACUUGGUGGGCGUGACGCCGAUGGGAGAAUGGGGCUCUCUGCGUCUGCGCAUGCGCUAUGUGCAUGACCUGAUGAUGCCUGAGGACGAAUACUCACCGCUGCAACAGCUCAUCCUCGACCCAUCACUCGAAGCAGUUCGCGCCCUCGCCGAUCUCUGUCACAUGGACCGCAUGCCUCUCGCCACCUCACUACUCAGGAUAUUCAGACAUGAACGAAAAGAAGCCGACUUGUUGAGAACACUGAAUGAUGCCGAAAUCGCGAGGGAGGGAGAAACGUCGACUUUGUUCAGGGCAGCCUCCCUGACCACCACACUCAUGGAUCUCUACAUGAAGUCGGUUUGCACCGGCUUCCUGCAGGCUGCCAUCCAGGAUACCAUACAGAAAUUGUUGGAUACGAAACAGUCGUGCGAGUUAAAUCCGACUAAAAUGGAGUCGCCCGACGACGCAUGCGCAAAUGCCGAAUUUCUGCUACAGAUUUUGGACGAAGUCACACAUUCCAUUUUUAUGUCGGCUGACGCUUGUCCCAAAACUGUGAGAUACAUUUGCGGUUGUCUGCAGAGGGCCGUGAUGGGUAAGUGGCCGCAUGAGAGACUUGUCAGGACAAGGGUAGUGAGCGGAUUCAUUUUUCUACGUCUGCUGUGUCCUGCCAUUUUGAAUCCGCGACAGUUCAACCUGAUAUCAGAACCUCCUCCAACCAUGGCCUCUCGUUCACUGAUUAUGGUGGCAAAAUGUCUGCAAAAUUUGGCCAAUUUGGUGGAAUUUGGAGGCAAAGAACCCUACAUGGAAGUUGUGAAUCCGUUCAUUCUGAAAAACAAGGAGCGGAUGGUCGUCUUCCUUGACCAGCUGUCGAAUUUGGUUGAAAAACCCGAAUCAGAAAGCGAUCCUGGUUUGAAGGGAGACCCAGCAAGGGACUUGGGUACUAUCCACCAUAUUUGCGUGUCUCAUCUCAGGGAACUGCAACAUCUCACUAAGUCACAGGCAAGCCUAAAGAAACUGGUGACAGUCACUGAGAUGCUGAGUAAGCACAAACAGAAAUACUUGGAAAUGAUCAGGUAGUAGGAGAGCAGGCUACCUCCUCUUCCUCCCAGAAAUCCGCGUAAAAAAGCUGACUCGUCAAAAAUCGGCCAGGCUUUGGCCAAUCUGCGAAUGGUUAAUGUGUUCAAGUGAGAUUCGCUUCAAACUUCCAGCAUCUGGUUUUAUGGUGAGUAUUGAUGUUGUUUAUGAGGAUUACUGACACUUAGAAGCUCACCUGAUAAGUAACUGAUAGGUAUCUUAUAAGUACUAGCUCACCUGUAAGUAACUUAUAAGUACUUAUAGGUAUCUUUUACUUAGACCUUUUGAGUACCAACAUAGUCACCUCUAAUACAAGGUCCUGGCCUACGUCGACAGUGUAGGCCUAGAAUCUAAAGCCUAGUUUAUACGAUGCCAAUUGGCGAGACAAUUGUCAUAAGGCAUGAAAUUAUUAUCUUCGUAUAAACACAUCAGGCCAAUUGUCUUGCCAACUGUCCCGACAAUUGGCCCGAAAUUCAACUGUCUCCGGGAGUAGAAUGAGGACAAGAGGCUGGGCCCAGCGA